AUAUUGAAACAGAUAAAAACGACAACAAUAUUCUUCAUUUGGUUAUUAUUUGAUCGAAUAUUAUUAUUAAAGAAAAAAAAGAUGUUUCCAAAUAAACAAUUAUUACAUGUCCAUUUACCGAAUCAACAACGGACAAUAAUACCGAUACAAGAUGGACAAACAGUACGUGAUGCAUUAGCACGUGCAAUGAAAAAACGACAAUUAACUGCUGCAAUGUGUUCAGUAUCAUCAUGUGAUACUAAUUUACCGAUUGCAUGGGAUUCAGAUGUAGCCGAUCUAAAUAAUUGUUCAAAAAUUGAAGUAAGAAUUAUGACACAUCAAAUACGACGUUCAUUUUUUAAAUGGACCAAUUGUGAAUAUUGUCAAAAAAUUUUAUUCACCUGUUUACGUUGUCAAACUUGUGGUAUUAAAUUUCAUUCACGUUGUUCAUCACAUAUAUCACCAAUGUGUCAACCAACCAAUCAAUAUCUAUUACAUUUAUUACAACGUAAUGGUCGUAAUAUUGAUCGUAUGCGUAUGGAUAUUAAACGUUCAAAUUCGGUUAGUUCGGAUACCCGAGAACGAUCAUCAUCUGAACCAAAUAUAACCAUAAAUUUAAUUAAAGAUGUUAAAUUAAUUGAUUCGAAUGAAAAAGAUCAAACAACCGGUACAACAGUAACUGUACGUGAACCAAGAGCACGUUCAGCUGAUGCUAGUUCAUUGAAAAAAAUUCGUCGAAAUUCAGCAUCAAAUCGUGAAUCGAUUAAAGAUUGGGAAAUUCCUGAAUCUGAAAUUCAGAUUAAAGAAUGUAUUGGUUCCGGUUCAUUCGGUACAGUAUUUCGUGGUUUAUGGCAUGGUCCUGUUGCAGUGAAAAAAUUAAAAGUUGCCGAACCAACACAAGCACAAUUGUUUGAAUUUAAAAAUGAAUUGGCCGUAUUACGUAAAACUCGUCAUGUGAAUAUUAUUCUAUUUAUGGGUUAUGUUUCAAAACCACAGCUAAUGAUUGUAACACAAUGGUGUGAAGGAUCAUCAUUAUAUAAACAUUUACAUGUUAUUGAAACAAAUUUCAAAAUGAAUCAAAUACUUGAUAUUGCUAGGCAAACAGCACAAGGAAUGGAUUAUCUGCAUGCUAAAAAAAUUAUUCAUCGUGAUCUUAAAUCAAAUAAUAUAUUUUUAUCAAAAGAUUUUACUGUUAAAAUUGGUGAUUUUGGUUUAGCUACUGUUAAAUCACAUUGGGGUGGUUUACAGCCAACAAAUCAACCAACCGGUUCGAUAUUAUGGAUGGCACCGGAAAUUAUUCGCGGUGCAGCACAUUCAUUUCAAAGUGAUGUUUAUGCAUAUGGUAUUGUUUUGUUUGAAGUUGCAACCGGAAUGUUACCAUAUAAUCAUCUAAAUAAUCGUGAUCAAAUACUAUAUCUAGUUGGUCGUGGUUUUUUAAAACCAAAUCUUCAACAAAUACGUGAAGAUGUACCGAAAAAAUUCAUAUCACUCAUACAACGUUGUAUAUUAUUUGAUUGUAAACAACGGCCAUUAUUUCAUACAAUAUCAGGUUCAUUGGAAAAUAUUCAAGUACCAAGAAUACAUCGUGCAAUAUCGUUACCGAAUUUAAAAUUAAAAACAAAUGGUGAUUUUGAUUUCGAUACAAUCGAUAUUGAUGAUUUUCGUUCAAUCGAAUCACCAUUAUUGGCUAAUUUUAAUAAUAAUUUUCCAUUUCGUAUAAUGGCAGAAAUUUAAUUUUGAAAGAAAAUCAAAAUCAAAAUCAAACAUUUAUUUACUUAUUUUGAAUUAAGUUUUUUUGGAAAUACCCAAAAAUGCAAGGUGCAAUGCAAUAUUGAUGUCCUUCUCCAAUCACCGAAUUCCAUGG